AUGGCUCCUUCAAACCUCCCCCCCAUUUUCAAUGCCACCUCCCAGGAUAUUGAGAUGCUGCUCGCAGCUCAAUGCCAUCUCGGCUCCAAGAAUCUCCAGGUUCACAUGGACCCUUACCUGUGGAAGACUCGCCCCGACGGAAUCAACGUUAUCAACAUUGGCAAGACCUGGGAGAAGAUCGUCCUCGCUGCCCGUAUCAUCGCAGCUGUUGACAACCCAGCCGACAUCUGUGUCAUCUCUGCCCGUCCUUACGGUCAACGUGCUGUGUUGAAGUUUGCUCACCACACUGGUGCCGUCGCCAUUGCUGGUCGUUUCACUCCCGGUAACUUCACCAACUACAUCACCCGAUCCUUCAAGGAGCCCCGCCUCAUCAUCGUCACCGAUCCCCGCACCGAUGCUCAAGCUAUCAAGGAGGCUUCAUACGUCAACAUCCCCGUCAUUGCCCUCUGCGACACUGACUCCCCAACUGAGUUCGUCGAUGUAGCCAUCCCAACCAACAACAAGGGUCGUCACGCUAUUGGUUUGGUCUGGUGGUUGUUGGCCCGUGAGGUCCUCCGUCUUCGUGGAUCCAUCGCCAGCCGCGAGGCCGAGUGGGAUGUCAUGGUUGAUUUGUACUUCUACCGUGACCCCGAGGCUGAGGAGAACAAGGAGGUUGUCGAGGAGAAGGUCCCAGGUGCCGAGGAGGUCGGAACUGCUGCUGUUGAGCAGGGCUUCGCUGGAAACGCCGAUUGGGAGGUCUCUGGAGCUGCCACUGGUGCAUUCGCUGCUGCUAGCGCCACUGCUGCUGCUGCUCCUGCUGCCGCUGGUGCCUCGUGGGAUGCCGCUGGUGAUGAAUGGGCUGCCGCUCCUGCCGCUACCGCUGAGUGGGGUGCCGCUGAUACCAAGACUGAGAAUUGGUAA